AUGGUGAAAUUUCUCAAGGCAAACAAAGCGGUGGUGCUCCUGCAGGGACGAUACGCGGGCAGGAAAGCCGUGAUCGUGAAAUCCUUCGAGGAAGGGACACGUGACAGGCCGUACGGGCACUGUUUGGUCGCCGGGAUAGCCAAGUACCCGAGCAAGGUAAUCAGAAAGGACUCGGCGAAGAAGACGGCCAAGAAGUCCCGGGUCAAGGCCUUCGUGAAGCUCGUGAACUACCAGCACAUGAUGCCGACGCGCUACAACCUGGACGUCGACCUGAAGGAGGUGCUCACGGUAGACGCGUUGCAGACACGCGACAAGAAGGUGGCGGCGAAGAAGGAGAUCAAGGCCCGGUUGGAGGACCGGUUCAAGAGUGGCAAGAACCGGUGGUUCUUCACCAAGCUUAGCCGCAAACUAGUGCGUUGCCUUAUUACACUGAAGGGGAGUAUCUUCGAAACCUACCUGCUGCAACUGUCCAGCAAGCAUCUAUCUUCAAGACUGCUCAUCAUGAGUCAUGAUCACCACCAUCAUCACCAGGCUCCAGAGGUAUAUCCACCACCACCACCUGCCGGUGCAGUUCACGGAUACAGUCAAGGUGGUUCAUAUGUCGUUGCACCACCAGCUGUUUACCCCAUUAAACAUGAUGGUCCUGAAUGCCCCCAACAACCACCUCCCUACCCCGAGCCUGCAGAGUCUCAUCAUCGUAAGGGUGCUGGAUUUUGCACAGGAUGUGGCAGACUUAUUAAGGAGAAAGGAAGUACAACUGCACCUCCCUCUUUGAAAAAUCACCUAGAGAGCUUCAAAGAAGCUUGCAAAAAUUUCCGUAUGAUCUGCCUGGUUGUAGACUCGCCACAAAAAAGUGGUGGGGGCAAAGGUGAUCAAGGCUCGAUUGGAGGACCGGCAUCAACCGACACGCUUAGAGCAUUAAGUUCGACAUGCUGCUUCCCCUCAUUCUGA